AUGGCUUUUACUAAGCAGAUUGCACGCAAAUGUAUCAGUGGUAAAGCACCCAGGAAAAAAACUGGUUACAAAAGCCAUUCUACUGGAGGGGUGAGAAAAACCUCAUCAUUACAGGUCUGGUACUGUAGCACUCCCCUUCCAGCCUCUGCUGCAAGAAAUUGCUCAAGACUUCAAACAGAUCUGUGUUUCCAGAGUGCAGCUAUUGGUGCUUUGCAGGAGGUAAGUGAGGCCACUCUGGCUGGCCUUUUUGAAGAUAGCAACCUUUGUACUCUCCUUGCCAAACGUGUAACAAUUAUGCCAAAAGAUAUCCAGAUAGCAUGCUGCAUACACGGAGAACGUGCUUAA